UCUGCUGCUGCUGUUGCAAAUAUGACAUUGUGACAUCAGGAGUCUGAUUAAGCGUGCCACACUGAGGAGCAGCUGACACUCUCAUUCUGCUGCUGCUGAUGAUGCUGCAGCUGCGAAAAUGCUGCGAUUCCCUGUAAAGAAAAUCCGAAAGCAGUUCAAACUUCUGCUGCUGCUGGUGCUGCUUACUUUUGCUGUGUGGUUUACAUACCUGCAUAUCAACCAGGGCAAAUCCAUCAAGCUCCACUUAAACUAUGGGAAAGAUGGAGAGAGACCGAUGGAGGGAACAGAUAUCAGUCAUAAGAGAGAUUCACAUUCCUCAGACAAGUAUCGCAAAAGUGAAGACACCAGCAACAGUCAAGAGGAGGAGAACACACAGGAAGAUGAGCCCAACGCUGGCACCAUUCAUUAUAGAGAUAAAGCUAAAAUCCGAAAGUUCCUCUCACAGAAGUACAAAAAGUUGCAAUGGAAACCAGAGUUUAAAGGUCAAGCAAACCUCCAUGUGUUUGAAGACUGGUGUGGUUCCUCAGUCGCUCAGCUCAGGAAGAACCUGCAUUUUCCUCUUUACCCCCAUACAAGAACUACUGUAAAGAAAUUGGCUGUGGCUCCCAAAUGGAAGAACUACGGACUGAGACUAUUUGGCUACAUUCUACCUUACAAAGAUGGGGAUUUUCAGUUUGCAGUGUCAUCUGAUGAUAACUCAGAGUUCUGGAUGAGUUCAGAUGAAAGUCCUCUCAACGCUCGUCUACUGGCCUAUGUGGGAAAGCUGGGAUCAGAAUGGACUGCACCUGGGGAGUUUACCAAGUUCAGAUCUCAGGCAUCCAAAGCUGUCCAUCUCAUGGCCUCCAGACGAUACUACUUUGAGAUUCUUCACAAACAAGACGAAAAAGGCUCGGAUCACGUUGAAGUCGGGUGGCGCCCUUUCCUGCCUGGACUCAAGUAUGAUGUCAUCGAUUCUGCCUACAUCUCCUUGUACACAGAUGAGAGCAGUUUGAAGAUGAACCAUGUGGAUCACAUUCCUCAGACACUGGCAAGCCACAGCCCCAUCCCAGCAGAGAUCCAGCCCCACAGCAGCCAACAUGGCGCCGAUAUGCUGCAACCAGACCCCCGCGACACCUUCUUCAACAUACCCAUGAUCGACCCUGCUAAUCUUGAGAAUGUGUUGCCUGCCUGUCUGUACUCGCCGACAUAUGUGGUCAAAGAUUUCCCUAUCGCCCGCUAUCAAGGCCUGCAAUUUGUCUAUCUUUCUUUUGUUUAUCCCAAUGACUUUACCCGCCUCACACACAUGGAGAAAGAGAACAAGUGCUUCUACAGAGAGUCACCCAUCUAUCUGGAAAAGUUUGGCUUCUAUAAAUACAUGAAGAUGGAUGAGGAGGAAGAUGACAGGCCAUUCUUCUUCCCUAAUCCUGAUGAUUUUCUUGAAGAAGAAGAAGGGGCAGACCCAGAUGAUGAAGCACAAGUAAUUGGCACCCAGUCAGCAAAGUCUGCCAAUACCAGCCAAACGAGUCACACCUUAAGCCCGUCCCAUAAGCCAAUUCCCACAGUGCUAGAGAGAAAAGAGAUAGAGCCGGACAAUCCAGCUCUGAGAAGAGAGCAAAGACACUUUUUCACGAGAAAAAUACAGGUGGGCGGGACUCAGUCAAAAGAGAUGGAUAAAGAUGCCCUGGAUCGUCAGUCUAAGGUAGGGUUGCCAAAAAGUGAGAAUGUCGUACAAGGCCGCUCUCUCAAAUGGUUUCAAAGGGAACUACAGGACUUCAGAGAGGGUCGGAUGGAAGAACGUUCCUCCAAAAUAAGUCGGUCGGCCUUGCUGUUCCCGCAGAAAUCCACCUUGGUGGCCUUCAACAGCCGUGCCAAGCAGAUCCUAAGAAAAUCCGCCCACACCAUUCGUUCCCAAGGUAGCAAUCAUCGCCAUGACAACAGCCACAACUUUGGCAACAUCAACACCAAGAAUGAGGAACGCAAGAAUGAGGACAACAAGAUCUAUGUAACCAGACCUCGUCCUGCUAAGGAGAAACAAAGUCCCAUUUUACGCCAACCUAGAGAGGUCUUCCCUGGAGUUUUCCUGUACCAGAAUGGCAAAACCACCAAGCUGGUGAACCUUAGUGCCAAAACAAAUCUCAGCAAAGGUGCUCUGUUGGCAUCCCAGAUAUUUGCACGGCCUCCUCUACAGGAAAACAAAGUCGUUCCAGGAAGCUCCAACUUCAGCAAGCCAGCUGAAAUUCAUGCGCUCUCAAACAGAGCUGCAAUGCCGAGCCGCUUUGAUAGGAUACGGGGCGUCUGGGAAAAACACCAGCAUCCUUCAAGGGCCUUUACGACCCCUCGACCGCCUUCUGCCCCCACUCCUCCAUCCUCAAACUCUUCCGAGAACGUCCUUUCGACUGAACCUCUCCGUGUCACUUCCUACUUGCACACCUCCGAGAUCACAGAGUCCCAAAAACAGCGGCUGGAGACGGAUCCAGAACCGGAAGAAGAUGGCGGUGAGUACAACUAUGAAGACGUGGAGCCCCGCCCUGGGUGGGCGGAGGAGGCCAUUAAUUGGCAAAGGACGUUUACCAUCAACAGCAUGGACUUUGAGACAUUGCGCUCUGAUUGGAACGAUCUUCGAUGCAACGUGUCAGGAAACUUGCAGUUAUCUGAGAGCGAAGUGGUGGACGUGCUGGCGCAGUACAUGGAGAAACUCAAUGAACGCAAUGGAGGGAUUUACACUCUCCUCCGCAUAAUAAACAUAGAAAAGCGGUGUGAUUCUGCACGUGGGAACCGCUACCUUAUCGAGUUGGAGUUAAUGGAGAGAGGUCGUAAAGUGGUCCGUCUGUCCGAGUACAUCUACAUGCUGUUGCACCGUGGCCAAGUUGAAGACAGCCUGGAGAAUGUGGAAGGCGCCACCGCCUCGACCCUCUCUGCUCCUGUUGCUAGUCCACCAGCUCCCCCCUCUCGCAUGCCUACUCGAGGGGUACAUGCCACCCCACAGUGGGGCACAGUGUUUGCCAAACCCCUGCUCUGCCAGCCAGUGAUGCUACAGUGGAAAAAAGAUGUCAUGGUGCAUUUUGUGGUGCCAGUGAAGAAUCAGGCUCGUUGGGUUCAGCAGUUCAUUUUCGAUAUGGAGUUUCUGCAUCAUGAGACCAUGGACAACAACUUCAAUAUCAUCAUUGUGGACUUCCAGAGUGAAGACAUGGAUGUUGAACAGGCCCUUAGAGAAAGUUCAGUGCCAAGAUAUGAAUAUUUGAGGAGGGAAGGAAACUUUGAACGUUCCGCUGGAUUGCAAAUUGGUGUGGACACCAUAGAGGACAGUCACAGUAUUGUGUUUCUGUGUGACCUGCACAUUCAUUUCCCUCUGAACAUUCUGGAGAGCAUCAGGAAACACUGUGUGGAGGGUAAACUGGCCUUCGCUCCUAUAGUCAUGAGACUGGGCUGCGGCAGUUCACCACAAGAGCCUGAUGGUUACUGGGAGGUUAACGGCUUUGGUCUUUUUGGCAUUUACAAGUCAGACUUUGACAAGAUUGGUGGUAUGAAUACAGAAGAGUUUAAAGACCGCUGGGGAGGAGAAGACUGGGAGCUGCUUGACAGAGUGCUGCAAAACGGUCUGGAGGUUGAGCGGUUGAGACUGAGAAACUUCUUCCACUACUAUCACUCUAAGAGAGGCAUGUGGAACUCACAGUCCGGUAAAAGUCUGAAAGGUUAAAACUGCAGCUAACUGAGAUGCUUCAAACAAACUCAACAUGAGAACGGACACCUUAAAGGACCAAACUGCUGUGUCUCGAAGGACCCCUUACAUGAGGUCCAUCUCAUAUAGGAAGACACAGGACUAAAUCUGGGUGAUUUAGUGUCUGCAAGCUGCUGUCUAAACUAAACACACCUACGAGAGCAAAAAGACUCUUAUUUAUUACCAAGUGUGUCCCUGGAUAUAUAUGUAUCUUGAUGUCUGUUAGAUGAUGAGCUCUUAUUGGUAACUGAAAAUGGACAUUUUUACUAAAGAUUUAAAGAAAAUGAAGGUUGUUUUAAGUGCUGGGUAACUUUAACUGUAAACUAGCAGCUCAGGCUCUUUGGAUCGAAUAAAUAUGGUUUGCACUUGAGAUAUAAUGCUGAAAUGAUUGUUUAAAGGUUUAGAUGUGUGCUGGUACUUAGACGUCUGCUUUUAUAUACUGUAGCUGUAAAUGUCACUUCCUGUUGAGAGUGACGCCUCCUUACACUUGAACUGCAGAAUUGAUCUGAUAUAUGGCUACUCCUGCCAUAUAUAUUGAAGAUAUUGAAUAUGAAGGCAGUGGAUGGCCAUGUGGCUUUCUGCUCAAAGUCCUGCUGAUCUGAGAGUUCUGGACACAAAUGGACCUUAGAAAGGCCUGCUGAGCAAUGACAUUUAAACAUAUUUGUCUUUGUAUUUGUCUAUAUGUAUGUUUGCUAUGAAGAGCUGCUUACUUUUCCUUGUUGGAUUUCAAAAGAGAUUUUGGGUGAAUCUCAUGAAACUUGUCAAGAACAUGUCUGUCAUGUUAUAGUUCACCCUAAAAUCAGAUGAAAGAAAUAUGAAAUUAUAUUUUGCUUAAAGAUAAUGAAGCCCAUUUUUGUGCCGUUUAAGAUUUUUUGCAUUGUGAAAUUAUUUUCAUGAUUAGUAAACACAUUUUCCACCCAAAUCAUCAUUACUAUAAUACAGAAAAUGUUCAUUACUGUAAGGUGGAAAAAAAUACAUUUUUUUUUUUUUUUUUUUUUUUAACACUUUACAGUUAGGUUCCAAUCAUCCAUGUGAUUAUCUAAUCAGCCAAUAGUGUGGCAGCAGUGCAUAAAAUCAUGCAGAUACGGGUCAGGAGUUUCAGUUAAUGUUCACAUCAACCACCAGAAUGGGGAAAAAUUGGAUCUCAGUGAUGGGCUGGUUUGAGUAUUUCUUUAACUGCUGAUCUCCUGGGAUUUUCACACACAACAGUCUCUAGAGUUUACUCAGAAUGGUGCCAAAAACAAAAAACAUACAGUGAGCGGCAGUUCUGUGGAUGGAAAUGCCUUGUUGAUGAGAGAGGUCAACAGAGAAUGGCCAGACUGGUUCGAACUGACAAAGUCUAUGGUAACUCAGAUAACCACUCUGUACAAUUGUGGUGAAA